CAUUCUCCCGGAAUAUUUGUGAUACUCAUGAAUAUCUCCCGAGAGAGCAAGGAAUUCUCCCUCCGGUCACUAGGAGGUGCACGUGCAAGUUGCCGCUGGCUGAAUAUGACUUCCAUUAUUUUGGCCCAGGACCCCACCCAUCCAGCCAUAGCUGCUUUUAAUGAUCACUGGAUGAAGCCAGAUGGCUAUGGUCACCGGUCUCAUCCCUAUCCUCCGUACGGCUGUAGAGGCCACCACAGACUAUGCCGGGAGGACAAUGUGGUUUGGUUUCGCUGUGGUCCGUCUGCUUGCUCUAUAUGUGUCUGAGCAACCCUGGAGUAAACUGGAUCUGGAUUUCGACUGUCGAGGCAACGGUACCUCAGAGUUUUGCCGGAAGUCUUGUUUCAGUAACCACUUUAAUGUGCCGAUCGUGUCCCUGUGGAAUAGUGCCUAUGUCUUCUUUGUGGUCUCCGUGCUCAUCAUGGAGCUUUUCACCUCACAGCUCCGGCACAACCUCACCAAAGCGGCCGUGAAAAAGAAAGCCGACCAUCCUGAUGGACCCCUGAUCGGGACAUGGGCUUCGGAUUUGGCUCACAAGGAUUUGGUGAUGGACUUUCACCACCAGAGGACCUUACUUGUUCUCUACCUGUUCUGUGUUCUCAUGCGGCUGCUGGGAGAACUGAUGUUCCUGUACAUCCUGAUGUGGUGGCAUCUACCGCUAGUGUCCAGAGACUCCUAUGACUGCUCCACAGAGGUGUGUCCUGGGCCCUUCACCUGUCUGGUGAGGUUCCCAGCUGAGAAGAGGAUGUCCCUCUAUCUUCUAGGCAGUCUCUCCAUAAUCCUGUCUCUGGUGUGUGUCGUGUUUGGACUCUACAGCAUCUGCCACUAUUUGGCCGCCUGUCGAACUCGUCAUGAUGAGUGUGUGUAGCUCUCAACACAUCCUAGGCCAAGGAACACGCAGUCUUUGUUUACAAAUGGGGAAACCAGAGCUUCUCGGCUCUUAAUACUCCAUUAACCUCAGUCCACGAAUCUAUUAACGUGUUUAAAUAUUGCUUCUGGAAAUACUCAACAAACUUCUACUCUAUGCCCAAAGGACCCUUCUCCAUCUGGACUCUUUCAUGGAGGCUGUAGGCAUCACAUGGUCCAUCAUUUGCACAUAUCAAGGCUGAAUCUGAGUCACAGGGAAAAUUGCAAACAGCAGCACUUACUGGCGGUCGCCCAUCAGCGACUUCAUGUAAAUGCGGGUACAAGCGCGUUCCCCGGUGCACAGUUGUUUGGCUGAUUGUGCAAGGACAGAUAUGCCCACUUUUAUCAUCCCUGCAUGCUGUAAUACAGACUGGUAUACCUUAUGGCAAGUGCAGUUUCUCCGUCUGACCACUGCCUCCUAUACUAGCGGCUAUUUGUCUGUGAGCGCAGCCAUUCAUUCACAGGCCACUGACAGUCCCUUAACACACUCUAACCACCUCACUACCCAUCACUUGUGGAACCUUUUCCAAAUUUUUGCGCACGCACAGUUUCAAAAAAUCGUUCAACACCGGCAUUGCUCCGUGUCAGGCCAUAUUGUGUUACUAACCGUUAUAUAGCAUGUUUGUGACCCAAACAGACACAAUAAAAGCUGAGCUUUUGCACAAAUGUUA